AUGAUUUUAUCCUUGAUUGUAAAACUCACCCUACAAGUCAUAGUGACCUUGUUUGGGGUUUUUGGAAACCUAAUGGUGGUCUUCGUGUUUGGAAAAUUCGUAAAAAAGAAAACGUCUGCUGACUUUUAUCUUCAAAACUUAGCAAUUGCAGACCUUGGGAUGUUACUUUUCGUCUUUCCUCUCUUGGUUAUAAGAAUGGAGCUUCCCACGCGUUGGCCUUUCGGAAGAUUCUCUUGCCUCUACUUAUCUUCCCUCCCUGAAGCAUUUUACGGCGCAUCAGUUUGGUGCAUCACAGUUAUAGCAAUUGAGAGGUAUCGCAAGAUAGUCUUCCUACGGAAACCUAAGGAAAAAAUCAGCAAGACGCCCUUAAAAAGAGCCAGAAUCAUUGCUUUUUUCAUGUGGAUGAUGUCAUUGUUAGUGUUUUCUCUACCUUUAAAUUUCGUAGUUAAAUAUCGUGAACUUCCAACUGGUGGAAAAUGGUGUGGUCCAACAUGGCCGUCGUUGUUAUUACUACAAGUAUACGUAGUGAUAUUGACUUUAUUAUCGUAUGUCCUUCCCCUUGCUAUCAUAUCUUGGACAUACUUGGCGAUAUCACGCAAGUUAAAACAAAGCAGCUCGUUUCUCAGGAAUUUUAAAAGAAAUCAAGAGACUUCAAGCCAAACUAAGCUUGAAGCUCUUCGACUCCGCCAGAAUAAACGUGCAAAGAGGAUUCUCACUCCAAUCGUUGUGGUAUUCGGAGUUACAAUGCUUCCUAUGACAAUUAUACGACUAAUUUUCAUAUCUUGGCCUGCUCUUACCCUUCAAAAGUAUUAUGGAAAUUUAAUGUUUACAGUCACGUUUUUUGUAAUUUUGAACUCUUCCGUUAAUCCUGUUAUUUAUUCCAUUGUAAGCAGCCAAUUUCGGCGCUGCAUGAAGAAUGCUCUUCUUCGAGCACUCAGAAAAACUAGGUCGGGUUAUUUUUCAAAUAUUUUUCAAGGGUCGUCGACAUUUAGUCGAAGGUCUCGUGAUCACCAAGACAUACAAGUAUCACCGUCCAUUAAUUCAAGGAAAUUUAACUUCGACGUAAACGAAACCAAUCUUUGAAUGUAAGGGAACGCGAUGAAAAAAAAAACUGACUCAGAAUGACAACAUUGGCUACAUAUGAAUACAGCUACUGUAUAUAUUAAUGCUAUAUAUUAAUUGACGUGAACAAAUAAAGUUUUCAUUACAGGAAAUGCGAUUGCACGUAUGCUGCUCUUUGAUGAAGGCCAGGCUUAGAGUGUCAAUAUCAAAUCAACUUUCUCUCCUAUCAAGGUCUGCAUUUUUAUUUUGUUUUUGAAAGCUCGUCUCGCCAGGAGCAAAAAUAAUACUUUUACAUUACACCGUGCACUGCCCCACGGCAUUCAGACUUCCGCUCGCCCUACCGUUCUACAAAUUUUAACUAAAAGAUUGUGAUCGGUUGGUUUUACAAAUAACAUAUUGCUUCCAUAAGCCUGAAAAAAUUUCCAAUCGACAGAUCAUCUUGGCAGCAGACCAAGCCUGAUUUCAGGCCUCUCUAAACUGAUUUCGUUCAUGAAAUUAGCUUUCACCAAUUACAGAGGAAAGUUUUCCAUCCUUCAUACCUCCAGAUACUGAAAAAAUGUUCUACACAGUGUUCCAAAAAAAAUCAGAGCUGAGUGCUGCGUAUUUAGUAAGUUCCAGGACUUCACGCUCUUCUCCAACGACUUGCGGUAAUCCUUUUGCUUUCUAAAUUAGCUCACUUUCGAAGUAAAGGGUUAAGCUAAAGGGUUCGAAAACGCAUAGUUUUCAAUGCUUUCGUUCCUAUCGUCCACGCUAAAACACCCCUAAACGUUCAUGAAAACGGAGACUUUCUUAAACAGUUUCCAAAGAGGGUCGCUUUAAAAAUGCAUCAUUCACGGGCAGCUCUGUUUCUAGUGUAGAUGAAUGAAAAUGAAGAAUUUCGAAGACGGUGACGAAAAUUAUUUCAUACAUGUAUUUGGUGGCUAACAACAGCUUUUUGGGGUUCGUGAUUUGGAUGAUGGGCAGAAAUGCAUCGAUAUGUGAAAGUUUUCAGCAUAAGAAAAAGUAGUGUCUACAGUUGAGAGCAAAACAAAAACGCUAAUGUGGGUGAGAAUGUUUUCCUUCGUUUUGUCUGAGACAAAGUGGACACUUUUCAAAACACAUUAGUGUGUACGGUCAAUUGGGAUUCACAUAGCCACGAAAGGUAUUGCAUAGGAGACACUGUUGUUAUGGACAUGUAUCGCAAAUAGUUUUGUUUGAAUAUUGAUCAGGCACUGACUGAUUUGUCAUUGAUGCUUAUCACGGCUGUAUCGCAGUACAAGACUAAAUGUGAUUUUGAGACGCUAAAACCUUUCAACUGGCUGCCACUUUGUUGUGGUAAUGCAUGGGUCUCCAAAUGGAAGUCAGUUUAUAACACCGCCAAAACGCGAUAUUGAUCCGGAUAAACAAGAUGGCAUUAUUGAUAGGAUUCCCUGUGCACACAACCAGACGAUUAUGAAACAAACAACAAGUGCUAUCUUUCUUUUUUGCCAAAACUUGCAUCCUUAAAGUCACGAAAGUUGCUCAAGAUAUCAAAUUUUCAUUUUCAUAUGAUAUUUGGUUAAAGGUUUAUCCGCUAUGGUUGAUGUUUUCAGUCUAGUUCAGUUGUAAUUAUAAAAUGAAUGACAUCUCCCUUUUCCUCUGCAAUUUCGAAUAUGACUUGAUGUCUAGAAAAGCCAUUAAAGUGCUAUUAAUCACAAGAAGUGUGUAUUUAGAAAUCUUCUUCGGAUCCGGUUUUGUUGAUAUUUAAGUCCUUAUACUUAAAUCAAAUAACAAAUGUUUUUAAAGUAGUAUUUCCUAGAAGAUAGACGUAAAACUUUUGCUUGCUAGCUAGUUCAAACCCUCGAUAUGCUCUAGCGUUCCUGCAUGCAAAGCAGCAUCCCCUUACUGAGUAGCGCUCCCUCCCUUUUAGAGGAGAAGUAAUCGAUUGCGUUUACGAAGCUUUUGUUUCCAGAAUUCGGCAACCCAAUAUUCCUAACUAGGACUGAUUAAGUAUAACUCAAGUAUUAACAUAUGGAAAACUUUACUCUUUGAAAUAGCUAAAUUUUUAGAGCCAAAAAGAUUCGUACCGUUAUCAGAGUAUCAAUAGAAGGUUGCGUUCUAGGCUUGCCGUCCUUUUUAACGAUAUUUUAGGAUUGAAGGAAAUUUCAUAGUACAGACAAGUACUUAACUGAAAAUAUAACUGCCCCUGCAGCUGGGUGUUGCCACCAUUCCACAUGGUUGGAUUUCUAUAUAUAUCGCCGUCUACAUCAUGAAAGAGUGAUACAUUCUCAAAACAAUGUAAAUUCAAAUACAAAACUACUUGGUUAUUUUUUUCGCAAAUGACCAAAAAAGGGAAAAAAAAAAUCACAGAAUUCUUGGAUUUCUUGUCGAAGCCUCCUGAUUUAGGUGAAAGCUUUUCCAAAUAUAUAGGUCAUCGAUCUCGUUGUUUUGUAUUGUAGACACACACUUGUAAGAUGUGACUUUGCGCACGCGAUGGCGAGCGUACGCCAGUUUCAAAAGCGUUUAAUAAAGCAAAUUCGAGUGUCUGCUACGAGGAUUGUUAGGAACUUAAUUAUUUGUUGUUUAACCUAAAUAAAAAUAGAUUGUGCUCGUUUCGAACUGUUUCCUCAAAGUGUUCUGCGGUGAAGUGCAACACAAAGUUCCUCUAAUGGUGACUGUACUACAACUAAUGACUUCCUUUAAAUUUCUCCUUCAAUUUUUACCUUUGUCAUUGUAAAAAUAAAUUGUUAUUAUGUCCGGACGUGUGUGUCGUACCAAGAACUAAAACACUAGCAGAAUCAUUACAACCACUUUUUCUGAGAACCAAGUUGCGUAUUUUUCUUAUGUAACACGAGUAGCGAUAUUGAGCAAUGACGUCCAAUUCCUGCCUUUUCAAACUUAGCUAAAUCAACUUGGCUUGUUUUUUGUUUGAAAUAUAUAAAUAGCCGUGAGAUUUGUUAUGGUAAGGGAAGAAGAUGUAAAUGCAUUUUCUGAACAAGAGAACGAGAACACCAAAAAUAAAACGCCAUAUGUUCUAUAGAAUUCCAAAAAAUCUCUCGAAAGUAUCAACGAGGCAAAGGUAACUAUUUUCUGUGUUUGUGCUGAACACUCUUCAAAGGUUCGUAGUUAAAAGAGGCUAAAAAUAGAAGUAUCCGGUGAUUCAAGUCAGGGUUAGCAACAGAAUUUUCAUUAAUUCAGAUGUAUUUUGGCCUAACUGACGGUGUUACAUGUAAACCUUUUUGUAAUAUAGGCACCGGUAAAUUUUGUUUCUGUUGAUACCCAGUAUUUGUAUUAAAGCCAGCUUUUCAUCCUCUACUGUGUGUGUUUUAUUGUCCAUAUAAUAAAAAGAAAAUACACGUUAGUUCAAAGAUUUGAAUUUUAUGUUCUCGAGGCAUGAAUAAUAUAUUUUUUUGCCACUCGAACAUAAAAUCAUGUCUAAUCGCCACCUUGUAACAUCGUUCUCUCCUGGAAGCGGCAAGUUUGAAAAUAGCCCGUCAUAAAAUAGCUCGUUCCAGGCGUUUAGUGGGUGCAGAGGGGUGAUAAAAACUAGGGAGGUUGGGUCGGGUCGGGUACUGAACGCUACUCGAUCCAAACCUCCUUCGUUUUCGCUCUGCUGUUUCUAUCGCGCUGUCUCCAGCACUAUUUCGCUCCAUUUCACUAACUGAACAAUUUGACGAUCACUCUCUGAACAAUAGUUCGUUCGAACCUGUUGGAAAUACCACCGUUCGGCUAGACAAAUGGUAAAGCCCUCGGUCGUCCAUAUUAGCUUUAGAAUUUCAGACUUUUCAAAUGUUUGGUGGGCCAUUGCGCUUUUCCAGGGUAGUUAGGAUUCACUGCAGAUAAAAAAAUGUUCCCUUAAUAAACUUCUAUACCCGACACCUACAGCCAUCUUUCUCGCGCCUGUGUUCGCUCUAAACGUUCGGGGAAGAUUCGGAAUUCUUAUUCAACAGGAAUUUGGACAAAUUUCCUCAGAGACAUUGGAAUUCGAAAUAGCCCUUUUUAGGAGCCCAUUACUGCCCCUUUUUUUUAUCACCUCUUAUGAUCGCUUAUAUUUGUAUAUGAACAAUCAACGAAUUGCUUGCAAAAAGCUCACAAAAAUGGAUCAGUUGAGUUUGCAGAGCGAUAUCAUAAAGACCUAUAAACAGUUGAGUUUAUUUCCUCUUCUGUCAUGACAACACAGCGCCCUAAUUGAAUCGCACUUAGGCAUUUAACCUAGUCGUGCGCGAAACUGUUAGAUGUACUAUGAUAUCCAAAUUAACAUGCAUAAGGAGAUAAAUAUGGUUUUGAUGAAACAAUUGAUAUCAGUAGGAAGGAGAACAUUACAAUUGAAAUUGAUUUUGGUCUGAUAAACCAAGAUAAAUAGAUGUGGUGGUAAGCAACUCAUGAUAUUGUAACAUCUUAAUCCAUCAUCUAUCUUCGUGUACACGCGAUCGGUUUAAACUCGUACGCGUCAUGUGACGGUCCACAUGUAUAUCCAGUGAUAUUCCUUAAAAUUAUUUCCCCUAAUUUUCAGACCUCGAGUCUGAUGUGAUUUAAGGCUAUAUUUUCAUUUCGCUUUCGCAAGGUGUGAGCUCGGGAUGCAUGUGGUUUAUUGGAUCUUCAUAGAGCUGGCUUUGUAAAAAGAAAACAAGAAACAAACGAAAACAAAGAAGACAAAAAGCCAUUUUUUGUGUAAGCAAUCUGUUAAUUAUAAAAUUUUAAGAUUUUCUUGUUAUCAUCCCUUAGAGUUUCAAAGGAAGAACAGCACAACAACCACUUCUUUCUCUUCAUAUUUAUUAUCUUAAAAUUAAUUAACACGAAAAAACGCUACGUAAUGACGGAGAGGAAAGAUAAGGGAAUGACGAACAGCGACGUUUGUUAAUUGUAAAGGGAAAAAAUGGAAACCGAGUCGAUAGCUUUCCAUUCGAUAUUGAAACAACAUGACCUGUGAAAUCUGCGCGGAGGAAAGCGCUGUCGUAUUGUCAACAUAAGUUGAUAUAUCAGCUCGGAGUGAUUUAAUUCGCUGCGAGUUCAAGAAAUUAAAAAUUUAACAGUUCGUGCGUUUAAAAUUAAACAAUUUUCAAGGUCUAAAAAACAGCCUCACGGAUGACUUAGAAAAAAAUAAAUAUCACUGCUCAUGCUUUGUAGGGAAAAUGCUCAACAAAAAUUAAAGAAGAAAAGAACGAAAUGUAGUUCUGCUGGUGUUCCAUUGCUAUUGGGUGUUACAUUCCUGUUUAGUUCUGCCGUGAUGUUUGCGUCCUCGCAACGAGCCGGAUCCAUCCGCAGGUGGGCAGCAUUUGAUUAAAAAAGCGGUUCUUGAAAAUACUAACGGCUGGCGCAAUGAUAUUUCAAACAGAGUACUAUGCAUUACUCAGCACUGCCCGGAGAGAGAGCUUUGAUUUUACUGGCACCAAGAAUUAGAUUCAUUCCAUAUUCAAUCACGUUUUUAGCUCAUUUUCUAUUAUCAGCGUGAUCAAUUAAUUUUGUGAGAUGAUAUUGAUUUUUUUCACGGGAAGUGAUUGUUUUAAAAUUUCCCGUUUUGAAUUGACAUCGAUUGAUUCACUUAAAUAGUUAGGACCUAGCAUUGACGCAACAGUGUUGAAUGAUUGAGCCAAGGGGUGAUAUUACUGGAGCUGCAAACUUCCGCAAAGAAGCCCUGAGUUUUAACUCUAACGCAACCAAAACAUUUCGUAAAAAGCUACGAAGGGGAAACGGCAGAUUGGUAAUCGAUUGAUAAAGGAUCAAAACAACUCUUCUGUCAUGAACAAUACGAGUUCUGAGUUUAUCACUUCGAAAUUGUCUCGGUCUAGUAUCAUAAAACUGAGCGUGGAGGUGUUUAUAGCUCUCUUUGGAAUAUUUGGAAAUGUUUUAGUAGCAGUUGUUGUGAAAGGACUGGGCAAGAAGAAAACGGCAACUGACUUCUACCUUUUAAACUUGGCCAUUGCAGAUCUUGGAAUUUUAUUGAUAUCAUUUCCGCUGGUAGCCAUCAAAGAAAACGCUCCGACGAACUGGCCUCUUGGAGAGUUCGCUUGCCUCUAUUCGUCUCCAUUACCUGAAAUAUUCCAUGGAACUUCCGUGUGGUUUAUUGUUGUCAUUGCCAUCGUGCGAUACCGGAAAAUAGUUAUUCCACGAAAAGCGAUCAAGAACAGAAACAAAUUUUCGUUGAAAUACACCAAGACAAUCGCUGGUUGUAUUUGGGUGACGUCGUUUUUAGUUUUCAGUUUACCAUUGUAUUUUGUGGUAAGUUUUGGGCUGCCUCACGGCGGGGCCGCAAAAUGGUGCGGGCCAAUUUGGCCUUCUUUGUUUUUUGCGCAGUUGUAUUUGUGUUUAAUGACCACGUUUGGCUAUAUUAUUCCUCUUGGUGUCAUAUGUUGGACUUAUCUUGCGAUAUCACGAGCAAUAAACCAUAGUAGCAACUUUCUAUACGCCAUGAAACGGGGCCAGAAUGGCGCGGAGGCUAAUCUGCAAGGUGCUGUAACUAGCGUUCAAAGUAUUCGUCUGCGUCAAAACAAACGCGCAAAGAAAAUCCUAACACCUGUCGUUGUUGUAUUUGCGACAACAAUGUUUCCUUUAACUAUUCUUCGCCUCACUCUCGCGUUUUGGCCAUCCCUUGCGACGCAGGAUUAUUACGAAAAUACAUUGUUUGCAGUGACAUUAUUUGUGAUAACAAAUUCUUCCGCAAAUCCAGUUAUUUAUUCCAUAGCAAGCAAGUCCUUUCGCAAAAGGAUGACGAAUCUAUAUCGCAAAUGUCUUAUGAAAUGUCUUUGAACAUACUUAAUUAGAAAAUAACAGGCUUAUUUGCUACAAGGUUUGACCUACCCGAUAUUAAUUAAAAUAAAUGUAAAUGAAUUGUAACUUGUAUGGUCUUACUUUACGAAACGAUUGUGACAAUUUGUCGCUGCGAUUUCGAAGUGAAGCGGAAACUAAGUGAGCAGAGAACAAUAUGUAAACAAUGUUCUUGUUACCAUUAAGCAAGGAAGGACAUACUAAUUAUUUCGUCGUCAUAUUUGCAUGUCGUUUGCGUAGGUUGAUUUCAGAAAACAGAUAGAAAGGUUGUAAGACCUAAGAGAUAAUUAAUUAAGCAUUCUGAACCAGAAUUGGCUGCUGUCUCGUAAGAAAAAGCAAUCUGUACCGAACCACUUAAGACAAAAAUUGUUGCGGAAGUCAAACCGCAACGUAUUACUUUAACCUCUAGUUUCUUCUGACGGAUACAACGCGCGCUGUCAUUGAUUGAAAGAGCGUGCUCUAUGAGAGUAUAGAGCAUAGAGCUGAGCAAAAGCUGUCACGCCAGGAAACACAAAUAGACAGUCCGAGUUUUAAAGAUUUUUGCGCUCAGUUAUUUUGUAAGCUUACGUACGGUAAUAAAAAUCAAACACAGCUAACACUCGUAUAGUAUAUAAAGUUCAGUGUUGCUCUGAUAUCCAUUCCAAUGCGUUGAGCGGAAAGUCACAUCAGUCACUGCAGCCGAGUUUUGCGGCGCUGUCAUCCCGAGCGAUCUUCAUGUUCCGGUGAAAUUCGGCUGUCGGUCAUUCAAAAAACACUCGCCUUGAACAGUUUGUUUUCUACCUUGUCAUGUGAAAAAACUCGCGUGUUUUUAUGAGCCAUAAUUCGGCGGAAUUUCACUGAACAUUUCACUGUAAGAUUCUGUAUUAGAAACUUAAAAAAUGUUAAAUUCGACCUGCCGAACUAUUUAGUUUGUAAACUAUUGCAGAAUGUGAACUUUGAUGGUUUGACAUUUUUGACAACUGUAGACUUGUACAGCCAAUCAGAUCAUUUGAACCAUUCUAAUAGGGAUACUGAUUGGCUUAUUGUAGCGUGCUCUAUGAGAGUAUAGAGCAUGCUGACGACACUGUUGUUCGCUUUGUGUUGUUUGCUUUGGGUUGUUCGCUUUGGAAAUAAAUUUUGUUUUGAAAAUUGAAAGUAAUGCUGAGGGAAUUUCAUGGAUUCUUCAUUAUAAAGCAAAUAGAAAAGCCUUGACUGCGCUGUGUUCUGUUGUAAAGCACUCAGGAAGCGGCCAAAGCACUCAAGAAGUGGGAAGAAACACGAGACGUAGUCGAGUGUUUCUCCCUACACUUCUUUCGUGCUCUAGCCGCUUCCUGUGUGCUUUACAACCUAACAGAGCACAGUUAAGGCUUCUCUAUUUGUUAAAUAGAUAGCUUUUUAAUCCGAUCACGUCCCGUAGCGAGGAUUCAUCAUAAUCUGAAUUUAAUAUUUGCUCACGAAUCGAUAGGACUUAAAUGUGCAUUUAAUUAAAACACUAUUUACAAACAGAACAGGCGCAGAUGUUUUCAAUUAAGCCUAAAUUCACUCCAAAAGAUCUGAAAUCAUCAUUGAAUGCCUUUUUUGGUAAUUCUGGCGAGUAUGAUGUUGUUUGAGUGUAACAUUCUUCAGAUGUUAAUUUUCUCACUUCUCGUCAUGUCCUUGAUUAUUGCAAGCAGGGAUUUCAUUAUCAUUACGUCAAAGGAUUGAAUUGCUGUUCAAGGAGCUGAAGUUGUCCAUGGAGUGUUGUUUACACUGUAAUUUUCAGCAUGAAUAUAACUUGGCUUUAAUCUGAGUUCAGAGUCAUAAGAUUUACUUAAGUACUUAAAAGUUCGCUGCUGUGACAGUAUAUCAACGCACGCAUAAUUUCAGCAGCCACAUAGGUAAUAUGAAGAAGUUUAGCCGCACAAUUCAAGACUAAUUAAAAAAAAAACCGCUAGAACGUCAAGAGGAAUAUUAGACAAAUGUCAAUUUUGAAAAAAUAAAAAUUUAAAAAUUAAUAAAAAUCAGGUAGUAUUACGAUAAUUUGCACUUUACUGCAUAACUUUGUAGAAUAAUACCAUGAUUUCCCUUAAAAGCUGAGAAUCCGCAGGUCUAGAGUAUGUUAGUGUCAUAGUUGUGAGCGGGGAAAGUCUGUGUGCGAUCUUUGUUGUUUAAACUUUAACUGCGACGAAGAAUUUGUUCCUGCUUAGCCUGCGUAUAUCGCGUUAUGGAUGCACGCGGGAAGUUUGAAGAGCACGAAAAAUGCGUAAGAGUAACUCGAGGCGCAGCUGAGAGCAACUCUAGCUUUUUGAGUGCUCUCCUAAUUCCCAAGUGCAUCCAUAACUCGACAUACGCACAGCUAAAAGCGUGAGCAAAUUCUUUUAUAACAGAGCGACAACAAGGAUCUGAACGAAGAGGCCUUUUAUUGUGAUAAAGUGCAAAAUUCUCACAACGCACAAAAAAAAGUAAACAAACGUCCUUAUUGGCUGGUCAAAAUCACGCCACAUUUUAUACUUUGGUUUGAGCGACAACGUUUGAUCCAUUUAACCGAUAACUGUGGAUGAAAAGCUCAAAAUUUACGGGGAAAAUGGAGAAGAUCAAAGCCGGAUGGACUCAAGUGUCACUAAAAAAAUGUUUUAAAAGUCAAAGACCCGAAUUUGCUGGAGCUGGUCUUCCGACAAAUUUGCGAAACGUACAACUUACGAGUUUUUUUCGGCUUUAUUUUGUUGCUUGUUAGAUCAAGAACUAAAAGGUCAAUGCCGAUAGAAAAAUUGGGUAGUUCUUCGCUGGUUUCUUCCACAUUUCAAAGAGAAGAAAAACUGCAUUGCGGCUUAACAGGACGGAAACCCUGAAGCCAGGUUCAACUAGACCCUGUGAGCAGGGUAACUGGGAUACCUGGAUGGUACUGGAUCCUUGGAAUCAAGUGUAGUGAUACUAUGGGUGUCGGACUAGAAUACUGAAAUAGUGAGCUCAAGUCUGGCUAAGGGCAUACACCUAUUUCAAAACAUAGGCAUGCUAUGCAUGCAAGAGUUAUUUUUUGUAGGGUGGGUGGAUUACUUGAAACAUUGUAAGUGAUGUCUACAUUCUUACAAAAGGAAAGAAGAGCAUUAACGCGGAAAAGAACAAAAAUGUCGAAUUAAUUCAUACACAGGAAUUUUUUGUAGAUUGUAUGUAUUGUGCGAAUAAAUGUAACCAAAAAUAAACUGUAUUGGUGCCACGGAUACCUGUUAGUACAAAAUGCAGACAGCAGACUGCAAACUGGAUACAAAAUAUAGACUGCAGACUGCAGACUGGAUACAAAAUAUAGACUGCAGACUGCAGAUUGGGUAUAAAAUGCAGACUAAGAAUCUGAAGAGUUUUUUUACGUCUGGUAUAUAAUAACAUGUCAUCUUACAGCUUACCGAGCGUCAGCCAAUCGCUUUUCCGCGAUCAGCUUUCACAAUUAUUUGCACUAUUGUGGAAUAUUCCUGGCCCAUUUCUCGAUGAAAAUCGAUCGUAAUAUAAUUUCAAGCCUUCAAUAUAGUCUUCUUACUUUGCGCGCGAUUUGGUUGGUGUGAUGUCAGUACAGAUUUUACCAACGUAAUAAAAGUAGAUGACGUGAAUAACAGUGAUGGUAAAGCACGCUUAAACGGCAGAAAUCGCCAGAAACUACAACGGAUACACAGGGCAUGAGAAAUUUUUAUUGAUUUUACGAAAAAAUGUUCAUGUUUCGAAAUAUUUAUCGUUGUAAAUCGGCCAUAUUUUGUUCCCUAUACUAUUCCCUAUAACGUGAUUGAUUUGAUUGCUUUUUACAACAAGUGUACGUUUUUCAACUAAGACACUGGCAUACUUGGCAUACAAGGCAUUCAAGGCUUUCAUGGCUUUCAAGCGUUCGCGACUCAAUCCGUUCCAAAAUUACCGCUCAAUAACAUAUUUUAGUGUGGAUUGGCCGCGAACAAUACGACUUGUGUAUGCGUCUGUAAGUGUUUUGAACGUUUGCGCUAUAAUGCUCCAGGUGAUCGUAAUCCAAACACGUUGAAAUACAAAACGACCGACAAAAGAGUUUUAUUAGCAAAAAUCUCGUGUUCGUCAUGUGACCCGGCCCUGUCCGUGCAUGACAACGUCAAUCAUCAUCAAGAUAACACGCGUGAUCAGCAUGUGAACACCUCAUUGGAUCGCAGUUAGUUAUCAUGGUGCUGAGGGCCCAACGACCACUGGGUACUAUUGCGCAAUUUUUUCCAUUUUGUGGCGGAGGAAAAAAAAAGACAAAAAAACAAAGGCAUUUUAUGACUGGACUACCACAGGUAUCCCAGUAAAAAAAUGCUCACGUCAUCUUAUUUACGCACGGGCGUGCGUAAAUAAAGAUUUUGUUCAUAGCGGCUCAAUAGGACUUAUAUAGAGCAAGCACGCGCGCUAUGUUAUAAAAUGAAUUUUAACAUGACGCGCUCUGAUUGGUCACAAAUCUUUUGUUUAUUUGCCUGUAAACUCUUAAAAACUGAAACAUCAUCCCGUUCUGAGAAAUGGCACCACAAGGGGCGAAUUCCCAGGUUUUAACUUGUGAAAGCAUUUGGUUUGGAGGAAAUGAAGAGGACGCUUUAAAAGCCAAAAAUAACGACAAACGUUUUAUUUUUCUAACAUUAUCAAAUUUUCUAGUUAAAAUGCAGUUUAACUAACUGGUUGGUCUGUUAAGCCUUUAUUUAUCACUGCGCGGUUAAAGCGAAAGAGCUUCAGAAAUUCUCGACAAGAAUUCCCCAAACUACGUUCCGAGAAGGAAAAGCUGGCAUGUUUUUGCUUCACGAACAUUCUAGCCACAAACUAAUUAGAUUUUAAUUUAGAUAUUUAUAAGAAAACCACUUGCAAAGUGAAUGCGCUCUCAAUAUUUACGUGAAUUCCGUUUGCUAUCCGUGAUUUCAGCUUUCAUUUGAUAAAUCUCACUAGUUAAAAUUCUAGAACUGACAUUCGCUCUCCUGGCGGGUAUUUAAUUUAGAUUCCGAAGCUUUGAUUGGUUUAUUGCACUUUUGAUGGCAUGGGUUUCACGAGAAUCAGCGACUUGACCGUAAAAGAAGAUAAAAUUAUCAUUCUGUCUGACAAACUUCCCUCAAAUUUAUGUCAUGAGAGCAAUACGCCACACUUUAGAUCGGUCUCUGGUGAUAAACUACUUGAAAUGUUGGGAGAAUACGAGAAAAUUUUGUAAAAAAAUCGGCUGCUCCUAGUGGUUUUCAAACUUCCCUCUUGUUCUACUAGCAUCCUGCUUUGUUUAUCAGCCGAUAAACCGAUAGUAAGUGUGAUUUAUUUUUUUAAAUAUCCCAUAAACUAAGUCAAAGAUUAGUAUCGUGACUUAAAAGCAACAUUUCCUUAUCAUUAAUCAUUCUUGGCAGUAAUGUGAGAAAAGUGAUGGUAAUAAGUACUAUUUGGGUAUAAUGUAGCUUGAGUUGUUUCAUUUCAAGUUUCGCCGUCGGAUUUUCAAACAUAAUUUAUGGUAGGAGGUGGGGUUAGAAGCUGGUUCAUUCAGAAAUCUCAGAAGUGUUUUCUUUCUUUGUACUAAGAAAAAUUGGCUUAUUAUUCUUAUUAUCAAGAUUAUUAUUAUUUCUAUUAAAAAUUGUUGUCAUUACCGCUACUGCUACCACUAUUAUAUUUCCUGCACACACGCCUUCAGCGGAAGGACAUUUUCAAGCGCCAUUAGCGCGUAAAAAGUCAUUGUUUUCUAAAGAUCAAUUUUCUAUCUCCUACAUUAUAAUAAAAUUUAUUGUGCAGUUUGGACAAAUGAAUUGCCAAAUCAAAUGGUGUUUCUUAAGUAUAUACAAAUUUUGUGAAACUCGAUGGCUUUUUUAAUGGGCUCUCUUUAUACUCAGCACUGAUUAUUGUGUUCUUACAUGAUCCUGUGACUGAAAACUGAGAUCACGAUAAGGUACAAACUAGGAAAAGAAGUUUCACCUUCAAGGGAUGAUGAAGUUUUUUUUUCUUUUGAUAAAUUUAUCAAAAAAUCCAGUGAAAAUGAAUGCUUUUCUCACUCAGAUUAUAUUCUGCGGUUGAAAAAUGAGGAACCUUUAAGUAUUUUCACCGUGCAUUCGAAUAAAACUUCCUUUGUAACCGUAUACGUCUAUCAUAUCUAUUACUGACGCCAUAUUUUGUUUCCGAUGUAUAUCGAGACGUAUUAUUUUAAGGAGAGGAAGAUACUAGAAAUCCGGCGAUUACAGUGAAAACUUGAUUUGCUGUAGUUUAGAUUUUAACUUUUUUUUAUUUCCACAGGGCAAAGUAUGUGUUGAAAAGUUUAGCCAAACAAAACUGUCGCUGAGCUCAGUUGUAAUUCAAACGAAGAAUCGUUAAAAUUAGCGCAUCAUCAUACGUAGUCAAAUAAGACUGUCAGACUUUGUCACCUAAAAGUGUUUUAUGAUGUACUGUAAACGAUCCUUAGUUUGCGUUAUGACGUCAGCUGGGAGACAUGGAAAAGGCCAUUGCUUUUCUUCAAAGAGAGCCGGAUCUAGCCUACGACGUUAAAUUUAAAGCCAUCAGCUUCUGAUAAUAAGAUAUUGUUUGUUAGGUCUCGAUCUUACUCUUGCUAAAAACGAAGUUUUGGGUGGGUCACGAAAAUAAAAAGUGGAUCAAACAAAUAUUCUAAACGGAAACGCUUUGCCAUAGCUAAAUUUAGAGUACAUUUAAUCGAAAAGCGAUAAAUCUGAAAAUGUUUGCUCAACUUAUCGAUUGAUACGUUGCACACUGGUCUUCCUUGGCUCAAAAUAAUGAUCAAUCCAUCGCCAAAUUGACAAAGACAUUUUUCGUUUUACGACUCCUAUUUGUCAUUUCUCUGUUCGCCUUUGAACUUCCCUGAUGCAAUCCUUUUAUAAUCAAUAAUGAGAGAAAAAAGAUCCAUAUCGAAAGGUUACUCAGAUGUAGCGAACGAGACGUCAGUUAACCAGAUUCAGUGCAGGGAUCAAAAAAGGUUCAGCAUUAGUGCCGUAAUCAAAUUUUCACCGUUGAUUUGAAGAAACAUCGUCAAGGUUUGUGCGUCUUAUAGUAACAUGUACCCUGUUAUUUGCAUUUUAUGUUAAUCUUGUUCAUCCUUACCGCCUCUUCCUUGUUUUUUUUCUUUUAUCAUUAUGUCUUGACUUAAUUAUUUCUUUUUUUUUCAUGCUUUUUAAACCUUUGUUACCUUAUAUUCAAAUUAUUUUAACGUUAAUUAGAAACAACUCAUGCAUUCGGUUCCUUGUUGUUAAUUUAUCUAAUUUGAAUUGUGAAAAAUUUAGAAUCUAUCUUAUCAACUGGCAAGGCAAUCUCCCCCCCUCCCACCCACCCCCUACUCCCGACGUACUAAAGGAAAAAAGAAAUAUCUAAGAUCUGAGUAGUAUUUAAUUUCUGGGUUUGCGUUAAUGACCAGACUUUCAAGUCGGGAAGAAGAGGUUUUUUUUUUAAAUUGUCUUUUCUAAAAAUAAUAAUAAAAAAAAUUAAAGCAUGCAAUUACGAGUGAAUAAAUAAUCAAAUUAUUCCUCCCUUUAAAAUAAUGAAAUACUAGUAUUCGUACAUUUUUUUUCGUCUCUGGGAGGUUGUAGCACAAGCUCUGUUCAUGCUGUAGCUUCUGGUUUGUCAACCACGCUUUGUAACUUUUAUGGCAGUUGUUUACUAAUUUUAGUAUUUUGAAUUCUUCCAAUUACCCUGCUUUGGCAAAAAUAAGCAAUUUUUGGAUGAGUUUGAACGUGAUAGCAUGAAGUAUCAAAACCGAGGUCUAAAUUAUCCACUGAGGGCGAAGGCUGAGUCAGAUAUACUCGGUGACGAGGUUUGAUAAUUCAUGAAAUAAAGCGAAAACAAAAUUUGAUAACUUUCUUGUUAUACGUUUUUAGAUAAUCUGUAAAAAAAAAGCAUUUCUUGCUGAAUUUGCAAAAGUUUCAGAACAUUACACGGACGAGGGGGAGGAAAACUAGGCAGACUUUGAACUCGACAUAAUAUCCGCUGAAGAUAUUGCCUUAUCAUUUCAACUUCACACGCGAUUGUAUAUUGAUCGAAUGCUCUCGACCAAUCAGAUUUUCCAUAGUAAGUCUAAUACAUAAAGAUAUAAUUUAGCGUAUGCAACCGGGAGUAUCAGAAAUGAAAUCUUUCUUACUUAGCGGAAGUCCAAGGAAGACUUCUGAAUACACUACUGACGCAGGCUUUGUAGUUUAUCAUUAACCUUACAAGUGAGAACAUACUACAGGUCCAUAAUCAAAUAUCGGGGAUUUAGGUUCAAAUGGUAGCAUUCUGAUCAAAAUCAUGUAUCCUGCAACAUUUGCUUAGUUUUGCGAAACUCAAGUGUGUUGCGACAAUAGAAUAACUACAGUCGAAAAUCUAUAUUACUUUAGUAGACCUCAUUUCGCUGCACUUUGAAAUUAUCGUCUCGCUUUGUAAUACCUGCCAUAUUGUGUAAUCAUGAAAUUGAAAAGUGUUUACUUUGUGAUUUUCUUCCUCUUACUGUCUGACCAAGCUUUAUUAAAGAUAGUCAUGUCAGAGCCGGAUUCACAAUCCAAUAUGAUACUGCUUUUUAACUGGUUUUUUUAACAUUUCUGAUCAUCUUUGUUUUCCAUUAGUGAUUUUGCCCUAAACGGCUUAAGAAUAGGGAUUAUCAGGAAAGGAAAAGGUUGUACUUGAUUUCAAAAUAGAUUUUAUUGUAAGGAAAACAAUAGUAAUUUGCCUUCAUUGGGCCUCACCAAUGAGCAGCCAUAACCGUUUACGAACGAGCAAGAAGGAAUAACUCUGCCGAUCAUCUUAAAUAAAACUAAACUUAUCUUUAAAGCGACGACUUUAUAUUCAGAUACAUAUGCAUAUCUCUCAGAGGGAAUAUUUGGCAUUUUUAUUGGUCUGUUAGUGAUGGUACUUACCGUCUACUAACGCACCCUUAAAUUGAAGUUUUUCUCACAUUUGCGAGGGCUGUUUUGCAAAGAUAAAAUCUAUCUUUUGAUCAUUGUUUAGACUAUAUUGCCUGAUUUUUGUAAACAAAGAGUAGAAAUUCACCAAAAAAAAUUGAUUUUCAUGUAAUUUUUGCCUUUCAAAUAACUCCAAAGAGAAAUAUAUCAAAACGCCCGCUUUGUUUUCUGUCUAUGACAGGAUUUUAGUGUCAAUUCUAUCGACUGUCAGUUGGUAUUCAUGACAUCAAUUUUUCAUUCAAUUUCGGCGGCGGAAAUACUCAGUUAUCAACCUCGUCAUCUACCUUUUGGGUGAUUUCAUCGAAUCACAAGCACAUGCAAUAAUGCUUAAUUUUUUUUGCAGAGAAAGGCUAAUUCUCAGCACUAGAAGGCGAAAGGUCGCAUCAUGGAUCAAGGGAUUUUAACGAGUUUUACCUUCUAUUCUUGGACAGCUGUGAAUUUCUUCACGGACGCACCGUCUAGAUCUUCAACAUCUUCAGUGUGACUGGCUUAGGAAGGUAACUUUGAAUUGAUGUUGUAAUUUGUGUGCAUUAGGUAUAAUAUCGGAUUUGAAAUAUUUGUAAGAUACGAUUAAAGUUGCAUUGAAAUUUCAACUUUUGCUCUGGUGCAUCUUCAUAAUUAGUCUCUCACACAAAUACAGUUUCUUUUUCAAGUUACGCUUUAAAAAGGGAAUCAUGAAGGCAAACAUUUCGGAAGUAAUUUAUAUGAAAUGCCCUCUUAAAUAACAUUUCUGUGAAGAACUGACCGUAAUAUAACAUGUUAUACUCAUAAUCUACUGUGUGAUUCUUCACCAAAUACUACAGUAAGAUGUUAGAUCAUUGAAAAGGUCUCGAAAGUGGGAACAGAAUUGAUAUUACAUUUUAAAAUCUAACCUUCACUUUUUUCGCCGUUCCUUUUCCAAUAUUUGAAAUCAUUCCGCGAUGCAAUCAAUACGUGAUUACUUAUUUUCAAGGUAUCAUAGUUUGAUUUAAGCUUAUUUCGAGAGGAAUUCCUUAGAAUGUGUUUCUCUCCAAAAGGAAAGUAAUUAGUAGAAUACAUACUUUGUUUCGAGCGUAACUCUAUUUUUUUUAUCGCAAAGAAAUUAUUAGCAUAAAGCGCAUCACGCUUUCCUCGACUUUCCGCCCCCAUCAAUCUCUUAAGUUUUGACGUCUCUUGCGUUUAAAAUUACGAACACAGGGGCUCUUUAAUUGCCUUCAAUCAUUAAUACUGUUCCAAGACAAAGCGUUUGAUGAAACAUUUCUGUGAAAGCUUUCGAGGUAUAGUGACAAAAUUGCAAAUUGACCUCAGGGGUGGGAAAGUUUACAAGUUCCAAAAAUUUUCAACGGAAUGAAAAAAUUGGAAGCAUUCUUAUCUAAACAGGUAAUCAAAAUUAAAAGCUGCCUUUAUUGUUGACGUUUAGUGUGAGAGGCCAGACAGAAAAAUACAACAUCAAUAUUCAAGAAAAAUUUCUUGGGGGACAUCCGGAUCAGCUUUAACUAAAAUAUUACUGAUGGGCUUUUUAUGAAAUGUCGGUUCUCAAAGAAAUGUAUUUCAAAACUAUAAGUUUAAUUGGAAAACACCAACAAAAAAUAUAUGGUGAUUCUAACGUGUAUGCAUAAUAAUCAGGCGUGGAGCAAUUCUAGUGGGCUCUGAAGACAAUCUUUUGCUAUGCUUUCGUGUGUAGGCUUACUUGUUAUAUUGAUCGCGAGUGAAAAAAAGUUUUUGGCUUCGUAUUUUCUACGUUCAACACUUUUUGUUUCAAAUCAGCGAAAAAAGAUUAAAAAAAACAACAUCAACAACAAGAAAAACCGAAAAUAACAGAAAACAAUAAAUGAAAAACAAAGUACAACUGUUGUACUUGUCAUCAUGAGACAUGCUGCAAACAGAGAAGUUCAGCAUGAUGUUUACGGUAAACAGGAAACGGCUACUAGACUUUUCACGUUUGGCGUUUUUCACUUCUUGCACUUCAGAGCGUAUUUCUGAGGAUAUCGAGAAUCGAUGGACGGUCCCAUAACAAAUUCAGGAAAAAAAAAAGAAUGUUUCCAACUAAUUGUUUUAAAGGAGAAAUUUCUAAAAGUUUCAAAAUUCGAAGUACGAGCGGUUUUUACCUAAUAAAAUAAGCAAAUUCAGUUUUCAUCUUCCUUUAGGCGGCCUUCGGAAACGAAAAACCUAUCCUACAAAACAAGACUGCACAAGUUAUAUACUAUCCUUCCAUUUUAAAAGGAUUUCUAAUAAUUUCCUUGCAACGUCUUCAAACUAUCUUACUUUACAAUUACGGCACGAACUUGGAACGCACUUUACAAACAAAGAGCAGUGCGAAGCUCACGGCGCUGAAGUUUUUUUUCAUUUUUUCAGAUAAUUCAGUCAAUACAAAACAGUUGUUAAACCUCAAAAAAGGAAUAAAUAAGCUUCACUCCGAAGCACACGAUUUAUAAUGCUUUACAAAAGCAUAAAAUAAUAAACAUUUUACUCAUGUCUUCAUAAAGGUGAAGCCUCCUUCCUUCACGUUGAAAACAGCAUAGAACAAACAGCAAACUUCAAAAAUAGCGGGAAAAAUUGGUCAGGAGGUCAUUUUGCUUUUUCCUGUUUUUCGUAAAUGUCGUGCUUAACCUCACCCAUGUUUCAAAGAGAAAACGUUGAAACAAUUUUAAUCAUAUGGACUACUUUAAAUGCCAAUGAAGAGGCUCUAAAGACCUUGGGAUACCUAGUUGCAGUAAAAAAAAAAAAGAAAAAAAAUUGUGGGAAACAAAUUUUGUAACAAACUACUUGCAGCAAACGUCUACUUCCACUGUUUUCUUGUUUUCGUUUGGUGAUUUUGGGAGAUAUGGGAGACUUGAUCUACAUUCUACAUCUUAAAUGAAUUUACACACCAGAAUAUAUUUUUUGUAUCAUGUGAAACAUUCUAAAAUUUCCAAAAAUGCUAUUGGUCAAUGAGACGUCAUGUCAUGGAAACCGUUUUCUGUUUUUUAGCCAACUUGGAUGCAAAAUAUUUUUCUCGCAAAUGCCUCGACAAGAUUUCUUUCAAACAAUGCUCAAAAUCAGGGGAUUCUCAAUGAUCAUCGUUUAAAGCUUACUGAUUUACAUAGACAUUCAAAAUAAAUAAGCAAUUGUCAUUAGCUGAGAUCAGUAACUUAGGCACUUUCAGUACAAAAAAUCCCCUUUUAGUAUUUGACGCACAUUGAACGUGAGCUUUGCAAAUUCAAUAACGAACAUGCUGAUAUUCAUUUAAGGUUUAAAAAAUAGCUUUUUUACCCGUGGUUAAACUUUAAUUUAUCGUGCCUUUGAAAUUGUAAAAGUGAAUAUUCCAUCGAUAAUGAUAUUUUAUAAUUAAGUUUAAAAUGCAAAUGAGAUGUUGUUACCAACAUUUGUGUUGCGUGAGGUCAGCGAGGUUUUUUAAUUUCUAUUUGUCUUGUUUUACUUAUACUUGAUACAAUCAAAGUUUCCGAUUUACACGGCACUUUUACUAUCACAUUAAUUCAAACAGGAUUCCGCUAAAUUUACCUAAUGUCCUUUCAAAACUCAAAUUGCGAACUCAUGUUGGGUUGGCGCCUGCUGUGUUUGAAUCCGACAUGAAAAGGAACAUUAUAUUUUUAGAAACUACACUUUCACAGCAAAUGUAUUUUUGUUCAUCAUUUUUCCCGAAAAAGAGAAAAAGAAAAAUCACACAGAUCAAAAAGUCUAUCACAGCGAAUAUUGUUCUGUUCUGUUUUGUCCAGUUUUCUUGAGGUCUUCGAGAUAAGAUUGAUGUUUACAUUUUCCUAUUUCAAUUACAUAUACAUGUUCCCAUAUGGAAAAUCUCCUAAAUUUCUCUUAGCAUUCAGUUUGGCCACAAAAUCAAAAAAGCAUUUUCUGGUGCAGUUGAGCUUUCUUUUCAUAUUUUUCAAAAAUUCGUAGAGGACAACCUCAGAAUGGCGUUUUCAACCACAAGAAAUUUGCACACGGAAAUCUGUGCAAUUAACGCGCCUUGACUUCCUUCCUGAAAUGACCCAAUAUUUCAUUUUAGUCUUAUUAACUUAAAAAGCCGCUAGUUUGAUGGGAAAAGUACUUCCUCUGUUUACCUUUUUUUUUUUUACUCGCAUUAUUUUCAUUUCGCUUAGAUAGUCGAUUGGUUUCAUUUCAACAGGAUGAAAUUUUAAUUUUUGAUUCAUGCAAUACUUAUUAUUACGAAUUGCUCUGGUUCUUACAAAAGGCAAACUUUACCGGAUCGAUUUGGUCAGAUCUAUUUGCAUCAGGUAUGACUGAAGAAAAACGUUGAAGUUAUGUAUGAAAGCAAUAUCACCCCUUGAACCUACAUUUUAAGUCAAAGGCCGCAUUGUUUGAGCAAUUAAGGUGAUUUCCUAAUGUACAUCUAGUUAUCAUUUGUCGUGCUAGAUACCCCAUGGUAUCUAAAACAGUUGUCUAUAACAGCUUAUUUCUAUCAUUUUUUACGUUAAUUCGAAGCACGUCCAAUCUUCGAGUGGCUUUAGAAAUAUCGAGCCACCGCUAACAGCUUAUGAACAUCUGUUGAAUUGCACGCUGGUUGAAGGCAGAACACCUUUUUUGAUCAAUAUCUUUUCCUUUUAGAUUAAGUUUUUCUUUUUACCUUUUUUUUCGUAAAAUGUCAGUAUCUAAUAAUGUUCGACGCAGAAUAUCAAAGAUACCACUAUAUCAACGGAUAUUGCCCUGUACAGACGUAGAAACGUAUCAGCUAAAUGAUGAAGCCUUUUAUAUUAUCAUUCUAUGUUUUAGCUUUUUCCAAUUAACAGCGAAACAGUUGGGGACACCAUAUUGAUAAACCCCGAGGGCUCUAUGAAAGGAACAUCUAAAAGGAUGCUCGGCUAUUUCAGAGAUGUCAAUCUUUACUUUUUCUUCUUUUUUGGUGUUUCAUAAACGGAAUAAACCACAUGAAAGGGUUCAGCUCUGUUGGAAAGCUGCUCCAUAUGGCUCUUUUGAAAGCUCUAUGAUCAUAAUUUGAAUUCAUCAGGUAUAAAGCUUGUUGUCGUUUUGAUAACGCUAUCUAUCUUCAAUCCCUCGCAGAAGGAAGCGAGUACGAGGAGUUUCCAAAUCUUCCCAAGAGAUUAAUUGAAGUUCACCAAAGGGCGUACGAAACGCAUACCGACAUCUCUCCAACUCUCACUCGAGGAAAGGCACAGGUAAUAGUCUCGUUUUAAAGUCUCACAAGGUAAGGGCGAAGGAACAUGUCGACCGAACUUUUACAGAAUUGCUCUACAACACAUUGUGGAAGCACAACAUAUAACUCAAAUGUAACAAGCUCUGCUCAGACACAUACCCUCGAAAAUUACACUACGGCAAGGCUGGAAGAGGUAGAUAUGCCCCUCAAAGAGGUGUUAAAACUAAGUGUAGAA